AUGCAUCCAUCGGCACCCUCGAGCUCGUUGCCUUCAAACUUUUCAGGAAUCAAGGUCAUCAUUAUCGGAUGCGGAAUAGCAGCAUUAGGAUGCGCCAUUGCGUCUACUCAGAAAGGCCACAAAGUCGUCGUCGUCUUCCAGAAGUCUGACUCUGAGUGUAACAGCGAACUCAAAAGCCUGGGCAGGUUCGUCGAAAGAUGGGGGCUCGGUGAAAAACUUCACUCUCUACGUAGAAUCCCAAACGUCUUGCACCUCGGAGGAGUCCAGGCCCAGCCACUUCCAAACCCCGAACACGAUUCAGAUUCUUCAUACGUCUACAUCACCCAGCUGCACGACCUUUUACUCGCCCACGCUCAAUCCAUAGGCGUAGAAAUGCGUACGGGCUGCAACGUCAUCGCCUACCGCCAAAACGAAGUCGUCCGAAAAGCGGGGGUUAUACUUGAUAAUGGGGAACGCGUCGAAGGGGACUUGCUCGUUUGUGUCGGCAACUUUGAAAGGGAGGGAGCGCUGGAAACGAAGGUUUUCUCCUCGGAAUUAAAUAACCCCAGUUUCGUCGAUGCCCUGGACUAUGGAGACGAUAUUUCCGAGCGGCGUCUCUUCAAAAACAAGGAGGACAUCGCUUUUCCAUGCACAGGUUCAGACAUCCAUUGGCACUUCGACAGUUCAGGUCAAAGUCAAAGUGGGAAAGCGUUCACACACAGUGACCGACUUUCCACCGCUGACAUGCAUAUGGUUGCACACGCGUCCACCUCCGUGUCGUCAUCGUUAAAGGCACAAUCAACAUCAUUUGUCGACUACGAUCCGCUGCUGCCUACAUGGACCGACGGCAGGUUGAUGAUUAUCGGCAGUGGCGGUUCAUUGGUAUCUAUGAACGCACACGACACCUCUCAAGCUAAUACUCGGGACCAUGGGGACGAUAUUUCCAAACGCCGUCUCUUGGAUAAUAAGGAGGACACCGGUUAUCCAUGGACAACAGGUUCAGACGUCCAUUUUGACACUUCAGGUCAAAGUCAAAGUGGGAAAGCGUUCACACACAGUGACGAAGCCGCAAACCGAUUUUCCACCGCUGACAUGCAUAUGGUUGGACGCGCCGUUAAGCUGUCGUCAUCGUCAUCGUCAAAGGUACAAUCAACAUCAAGCGAUCCGCUACUGCCUACAUGGACCGACGGCAGAUUAUUGAUUAUCGGCGGUUCACUUAUAUCCACGAAUGCGUACGACAGCUCCCAAGUUAUCGAAGACGGAGUAAUGCUCGCCGUCACGCUAAACCUCGCUGGGAAACACAACGUACCGCUAGCUGUCAAAGCCUGGGAACGUAUACGACACCACCACCGCGUGCAUCUCAUCAAUAAGUCAACCCGAGGUAAACGGCGUGGGGACAAGCAUAGGUGGCGAUGGUGGCAUCAUACGUCUGACACCCAAGAACUUGAAGACGCGUAUGAUGCCGAGAAAGACGCGUAUGAGCUGUAUUCGGAAGUCAUGCUGAGCCUGUUGGAAGAAGCGGCGGUGGCUGAAAGGAGAGGAGGGAAGUGUCCAAACCCAAUUGUGGAUCCAGACCCACUCCCUUGUCUGAAGCUAAUUGUGGAUCCAGACCCACACUCCCUUCUGGUACGGGAUCCAGAUACCAAGAGGAAAUGUUUGCUUGAUAACCGUUUGAUCGAUACUCAAGUAUGGCCUGCGGAUGACGAUGCUCCUGCGCUGACAAGCGUGAUCCGCCACAAACCGCGCUAG